AUGGGGUGGGCGACGCGGUUCGUGGCGGCGGUGUGCUUCUUUGCCGCGGGCGUCCUCUUCGUCCCCGAGGCGCUCCUCGGCUCCCCCUCCGGCGCAGGCGCCGUCACCGCCGCCAAGCUGGCCCACGUCCUCUCCUUCGCCACCUCCUGGGGCGCCGCCCUCUGGGCCACCUUCAUCGGCGGCAUCAUCAUGUUCAAGAACUUGCCGAGGCACAUGUUCGGCAACUUACAGAGCAAGAUGUUCCCGGCCUACUUCACGCUUAUCUCCGCCUGCGCAGCCAUCUCCGUCGCCGCCUUCGCGUACCUCCACCCGUGGAAGACGGCGUCCACCGUGGAGCGCUACCAGCUUGGAUUCCUCCUCUCGGCGCUCGGCUGCAAUCUCUCCAACCUGCUAGUCUUCACCCCCAUGACCAUCGAGAUGAUGAAGAAGAGGCACAAGAUUGAGCGGGACCUGAGCAUCAUGAGGGAAGUCGGAUGGUCAAAGAAUCAGCAGGUGGCUAAAUCCAACCCCACCCUUGCUGCGAUGAACAAGAAGUUUGGGAUGAUCCACGGGCUGUCAUCACUAGCCAACAUCAUGUCGUUUGGCAGCUUGGCCAUGCACUCCUGGUACCUGGCCAGCAAGCUAGAGCUGUGA